CAAACACCCAAAUUCACCUACCCAUGUAAUCCUCGGAUCUUCCACCUUCGAAUUUCCGAUGGUGUUUCUCUACACAAACCUCACGCUCUCUCUCUCUUUACCCUCUCCCUCGCCCUCUCCGCCUUCUCUCUCGUCGACAACUACGCCUUCGACUGCGGCUCCACCGUGGACUCCACCUUCGACGAUGGCCGCCGCUUCAUUUCGAACUUGUCCAUUUUAGCUCGCUCAAUUUCACUCCGAAACCAAAACUCCAAUCCCAAUUCCCCCCCAAAUUUACCAAACCGCUAGGGUUUUCCGGCGGCCAUCCUAGUAUGAGUUCCAGAUCUGCGAGCCGGGGACCCACAUGGUACGACUCCAUUUCCAGAACUUCAAUUCCUGUAAUUUUUAUUGAAAUAGUGCUCAUCUUCAUGUCUUGAUCAAUGGGUUUGUGGUUUUGAAAGUCAGUAACUUUGGAUUUGGGGGUGUAUUAGGUCCAAUGGUUAGGGAGUACUUGAUUUGGGUCAGUACUGAAAAGUAUGUACUCAAAGACUGUAUCAGAGUUUCUAGUCUUAUGUUCAUUAGCCAUUUAGAAGUGAUGCAUAAAUCUUUAGACUGAGUAGUGAAUGCAAAUAAAAAGUUUGGGUUCCAAUGUUCCUAGCAUAAAGGUUGUCUUGCUGUUAUUUCAUUACGAAAAUGAUUGAAGCUAACUGGUACUGUCCCAAUUAAUUUUGUAAUGGAGUCUAUAGUUUGAUCAUUAUCUUACUAACAUAAUGGCUCUGUUUAUAUGAUGAAGCAAAUUAGUACUCUGGCUGGAAACCAAACUCCAAGUCAUUUUGUGUGGGAAGUUGUUUUUACAAUGGCCAUUAUUGGCCUAGGUCUCCUACUUUUCGCUCUUCUCAUAGGAAAUAUGCAUAACUUUCUGCAGGCUCUUGGCCGGAGAAGGUUAGAAAUGUCACUGAGACGUCGUGACGUUGAGCAGUGGAUGAGCCAUAGACGUUUGCCAGAUGAACUAGGGAGGUUAUUCCACAAGCAAUAUGCACUAGAUAUGGACUUGCUGUGGGUUCCAACCAAUAUGGUAUCACUUGGAUUGCUUCAGAAGGACUCAAGCACAGAGUCUUUGAGACAUCACUGGCUGACCUUCAGGGAGAUGAGGAGAAUGCUUACGGACCUCGGAGCUAAAAAGUGGAAAUGAACUCACAAAUGGAAAGAGGAGCUUGCGAACGUCAAGGGGAGCAAAAAUGAGAAACAAUGGACCACAGAAAUGAGCAGAAAUGAAGAAAAGAAGUUCUCCUACUUCAACCAGGAAACCCUGCGAAAAGGAGGAAAGCUUACCAAUGAAGUUUCCAACGUUACCAUGAAAAAGAAAUAGAAAAAUGAAGUGUUAUGAUGUUGGAAGGUGACAAGGCUUGAAUGAGAAGCAACAAGGCCCAAGAACUCUCAAGACUUAUUGGAUUUUCGGCAAAAUGGAUCAAAAGCCCACAAAGCCCAUGGAAUUAGGGUUGUGACGCAAUGGAUGAAACCCUAGGAAGCCUUUGCCGUGAAAUAUCAAGAGAUAAAUAAGGGAAGAGGCGUGAGAAUCAAGAAGAACCUAGAAGAUUUCGGGUGAGAUUUUCUAGGGCUAUUUUUAUGGGAAGAAAUAUACUUGGAGACUUACCCUAGAAGGUUUUGCCGUGAAGAAUGAAGAGAGAAAAGAGAAAGCAACGUGAAACCCUAGCUUUGGACGGCAAGAGAGGAGAGUUUUAAGGAAAGCAAAAGUGUGGAGACCAAGAAAAGUGCUAAAAGAUGUCUAGAUACAUUCCUAAAAUCCCUAAAGGUAGUUUGGCCGAAUUCAAAGAGAAAAAUCAGAAUAUUAUCAAGGGAAUUUCGGCCAAGAUAUUAGGGAAUUAAAAGAGAAUUUUGUGAUUGGUUGGAACACAUCAUAGGGCUUAUGUGGCAAGCAAGCAUUGGAGGAAAAUUAUGUGGAGUUAUCAUUGUUGCCGUGAGAACUUAUAGAGAAUUACACGGCUUGGAGAGCAAGGAUGCGUCCCCUAUAUAUACUCAACCUUUCUCAACGUCAAAGGUUCCCUUUUCUUUACGUUUUACACUUUAGAAAAAAAAUCAGAAAAUCCUUUUAGCAUAGCCGUGAUCCUCUCCAUCCUCUAGUCAUCUCCACGAGUUCAAGCAAGGCCAAAGAAGAAGAAGA